AUGAAUACAGCCUUUUGGAACUGUCGAGGCUUAAAAGGGUCCUUGACAGUUCGACGCCUAAAAGGGAUUAAGGCAACUUUUUCCCCGGACGUACUCUUUUUGAUCGAGACAAAGAACUCUGAUGAUACAAUUCGGGAUGUGUGUUCUCAACUGGGAUAUGAUUGUGUACGGUGUGUGUCUCCUAGGGGAAUAGGAGGUGGGUUAGCGUUACUAUGGAACAAGGAUAUUGAUAUUGUCAUUAACGCUAUGGACGAACGUAUGUUUGAUUGUGUUAUUAAUAAUAAGAAUGGUAUUAUGUAUUUCACGUGUGUGUAUGGCCAUCCAAUUCGUGCUUUACGCCAUCAUUUUUGGGAAAAAUUACAGCGAAUAGCAACAACUCGUAAAGGACCUUGGUUGCUUUGCGGAGAUUUCAAUGAAAUUUUAAAACCUGAGGAAAAGAUUGGGGGUCCUCCUCGUGAACCAUGGAGCAUGAUGGAUUUUAACUUAAUGACAAAGGUUUGUCGUUUGCAGGAUUUACCUUUCAGUGGGAACAAUAUGACUUGGGCUGGUAAUCGAAAAGGUCAUAAAGUCCAAAGUUGGUUAGAUAGAGGUUUUGGGAAUGAUGAAUUCAGAGCGUUGUAUCCUGCUUCACGUGUUAUCUAUUUGGAGAUGAUUGAAUCAGACCAUCGACCUGCAAUCAUCCAGAUACGGAAAACAACAGAUUUUGGAAAGAAAAGUUUUUGCUUUGAUAAUAGAUUGACAGAACGAGAAGGCUUUAAAGAAGUCAUCAUCGAUGGUUGGAAAUCUACGCUACCAGGGCAAUACGUUUCAGUUUCUGACCGCAUACGCAAGUGUCGUCAUGCUAUUUCUCAGUGGAAAAAGGCAAAUAAUACUAAUUCUGCUAAACAUAUUAAAGCAUUGACUGCACUUAUUGAUGAAGCCCAUUCUGAUCCUCUUUGUCCUCUCAGAAAUAUUCAGGAAAGCCUUGGGAACAUCAAUCAUGUGGUUUCUGAUGAAUGCAAUGCAUAUCUCUCUCGGGACGUUACAGCAGAAGAAGUUCGAAUAAGUGUUUUCUCUAUUGGCGCAACACGAGCCCCGGGUCCUGAUGGUCUUACAGCUAGCUUCUAUCAAACAUAUUGGGAUAUAGUUGGUCCGGCUGUAGUAGAAGAGGUACAACAUUUCUUCAAUACUGGAGAAUUCUAUACCGAUUUGAAUCACACAAACUUGUGUCUGAUUCCUAAGAUUCCAAAUCCGAUCACAAUGAAAGAUUUCAGGCCGAUUGCACUUUUCCGGAAACGUAUCUCCGAGAACUACAUGGCAGUCAAAACAGAUGUUAGUAAAGCUUACGACCGAAUUGAAUGGAAAUUUUUAGCAGAAGUGAUGCGCAAGAAAGGUUUCUGUGAAAAAUGGAUCAUGCUUAUAAUGAAGUGUGUUACAUCGGUUUCUUUUUCGGUCAUGGUAAAUGGUAGCUCUUAUGGUCAUAUGAAUGGAACUCGGGGACUACGUCAGGGUGAUCCGUUAUCACCAACCUUAUUUAUCCUCUGCGCAGAUGUUUUAAGUUCUCUGAUUCAACAAGCGGAACGAAACAAUGAAAUCCAACCAGUGCGUCUCAGUAUUGGAGGUCCUUCAAUAUCUCAUUUAUUAUUCGCAGAUGAUUCUCUAUUUUUCCUUAAAGCAGAUCAGACUAACAGUUUACGACUUCUUCAGAUUUUCAAAGAUUAUGAAAAUGUAUCUGGUCAGAUGAUUAACUUAGAGAAAUCCUCUAUUACUUUUGGUACUAAGGUGUUUCAGCAGACACGAGAUAUGAUUCAGAACACAUUAGGUAUCCCUAAUAUUGGUGAUGGUGGGAAAUAUUUAGGUCUCCCAGAGCAAUUUGGUCGGAAUAAAAAAGAAAUGUUCAUGUAUGUCAGAGAUAGUGUAAAUGGGAAGGUAAAUGGUUGGCAAAACCGAUAUCUCAAUAUGGCUGGAAAAGAAAUUUUGAUAAAAUCAGUAGCACUUGCCAUGUCGGUUUACUCUAUAAAUUGCUUCAAGCUACCUGUUGAGUUGUGUAAUGAGAUUGAUGGAAUUCUCUCACGCUUCUGGUGGGGAUCGACAGAGACAAAUAGGAAAAUGUCUUGGCUAUCUUGGAAACGGUUGUCCAAGUCUAAACAGAGUGGAGGAUUAGGGUUCCGUAAUCUACAAAGUUUUAAUCAAGCUUUACUUGCGAACCAAGUCUGGAAAAUUAAUCAACGACCAAAUAGUCUUGUUUACCGUGUCCUAAAACACCGAUAUUUUAAAAAGACUACUAUGUCGAAGGCUAAGCGCGGUUAUCAGAGCUCCUAUGGUUGGCAGUCCUUAUUACAUGGACGGGAUCUUUUGGAGCAAGGCAUGCAAUAUAGUAUUGGAAGUGGAGAUACGACAACUAUAUCAGAUACAUGGCUCCCAAUAACUCCUCCCCGAGCCCCACGUUUACUUCCCUACUCAAACCCUCUGUUAAGUGUCAAGACCCUUAUUGAUCCGAUUUCAAAUCAAUGGGACUUGGAAGUCAUUCAUGAUCUGAUUGAACAGUCUGAUAUACCUAUCAUCCAGAAAGUUUAUUUACCCUAUCACCCAGUCCCUGAUGGCAUUAUUUGGCCUUAUACGUCGGAUGGGAAUUAUUCCGUCAAGUCUGGCUAUCAUUAUAUAACUAUAACUCAAGAUGCAGAGAUUAUACCACCACCACUUGCUUCUUCUCCUGCCUUAACAAAAAUGAUCUGGAUUGUAGCUGUUAAAGAAAAUCUUCGUCAUCGGCACAUUCCAGUUGAUCCUAUUUGUCCAAGAUGCUGUGACGAUAAUGAAUCGAGUGAUCAUGCUUUCUUCACUUGCCUUUUCUCACAACAAGUCUGGCGUCUCUCAGGUUGGGUUAAAUGUAACUACGACUCUGCUCACCGUGAAGGCUCUCAAGACUCUGGAAUGGGUUGGUUAGUACGUAAUAACCAGGGCACUCUUUUAGAAGCUGGAAUGGGGAUAAGGACGAUCAACAGUUAUGGAGUCGGAAUUGUCUGCGCUGAUUUGGCCAAUGCAAGCAUGCUCAUCGUUAGGUUAUAG